UCUCUACCCUCUGUGAGGAAUAGAAAAUCCCCAAGAAAUAACGAGGGAUUGAUAUUUGUUCAUGAUGGCAUCCAAUGCUGCAGUUGAACUGGCGAACAACAAUGUUGCCGCUGAACCCGAAGCUUCACCCCAGGAUGCAGAGGAGCAAAACCCAACUCCCACUUGGCACUCUAUCAUUAUCGUCAUUGCGGGCUUCAUGGUAAUGUUCACAACCAAUGCCUUCAUCUUUGCCUAUGGUGUGUACCAGUCGCUCUACGAAGAGAUGGCCGCGCAGGAAGGCAACCCGUUCUCGGGGAAGUCUACUGCGUUAAUCAACCUAGUCGGAAUUUUAGCUAUCGCGUUGAUGUCCAUGGGCGGUCCCUUCGCUAUGCUCUGGUCCAAGCUCUAUUCGCCCCAGGCCGUCAUCAUCGCCGGAGGCUGGGUCUUCGGGAUUGCAUACAUCCUGUCCAGCUUUGGUAAACAGCUAUGGCAUUUCGCUCUCACCCAGGGCGUUCUUCUUGGAAUUGGGACCUGCCUGGCCUAUGUGCCGACCAUGUCCGUUGCUCCGACCUGGUUCGAUCAGCGUCGCGGCCUCGCGAUGGGCGUGAUUAUUUCCGGGUCCGCCGUGGGGGGGAUGAUCUGGCCGCCUGCCUUGCGUGCAAUGAUUACGCAUCUGGGGUUUCGAAACGCCCUGAGAAUCUCCGGGUGUAUAUCCCUGACGUGUGUGUCCGCCGCCGGGUGCUAUCUCCGCUGGGAGCCCAAGUUUGCCGAACAAGUUCGACUGCAGACCCAGGGUCUCCGCCGUAGAAGCGGGUGGAUAAAGGCACCUAUGGUUAACUAUCGUGUGGCUUGCUCAAAGCGGUUCGUGGCCCAGGCACUGGGCUGUUUCCUGCAGUCCGCGGGAUACUCGACCCCGCUGUUUUUCUAUGCAGCCUACGCGAGCACGCUCGGGUAUAAUCCUACGACGGCCGCAAACUUCAUCACCCUGAGCAACGCCUCGAACUUUGUCUCUCGCAUUGUGAUCGGGUACACUGCGGAUCGGUACGGACGUAUCAAUGCCCUAGUCGGGACAACGCUACUAAGCGCCGUCGCUGUCUUUGCCUUCUGGAUUCCAUCGAUGUUCCAUACGGUGGAUGUAUCCAAAUCCAGUGCGGACGGGCUGUUUAUCGUGUUCACCAUUCUCUAUGGCGCCUUUGCGAGCGCUUAUAUCUCGCUUUUCCCGGCAUCCCUGAUCGAGCUCUUUGGCGUGCAGCACUUCACUAGCGUCAACGGUGCUCUGUAUUUGAUCCGUGGUAUGGGCGCUCUCAUUGGGACCCCGUUGACGGGGAUGCUGAUCCCCAACUCUGGCGCCCUGACGUCGUCGUAUAUCUAUGAGCGGGCGGGAAUUGUAACUGGCGUGCUGUUGGCCGCCGCAACGUUGGCGUGUUUGUGGGUGAGAAUGGAGGCAGUGAUAGGCUCUCCGCGGAAAUGGAAGGUUUAACAUUGGCCCUUUGAUAUACAUAUAUAUCUCUCGAGUCGACUGUAUAUAUAUAUAAAUGUUCAGUAUGAAUGUUCAGUAUAAAGAGUAUAGUUGGUGCCUGAAACCGGGGGCUGCCAGAUUCCCUGUUUGGGUCAGCCAAAACCUGCGCACAAGAGAAGAGAAAAAAAAACCCAGGUAGGAAUUCUAAUCAAAUCAAGAAAAUUAAC